AUGAGUUACAGCAACUUCGGCAACCGUGGGAGCGGCUACGGACCGCGGGGGACGCGCGCCGCGCGUCGCUUCGGCAGGCCCCGGUUUCCGCGCCCGCCCUUCCGACAUGCGGGCCCGCCGCGGGGACCGCCGUUCGGCGUGCCCUGGCAGCCGAACAACAUGUUUUUCCAGCCCCACCCGCUGCGUGGCACCCCGCAGUUCCGGCCGGACGGCAGACGGAAGAGAUUCUGCAAUUACGACGUUCGAUUCCCCGCGCCCAACAGACUGCCCGUACCUCCGGAUUGCGAGGAGGACUUCGCCGCCGCCACUGCGUUGCCGCCGUUUUACAGCUUCCAGACGGAGAUCAAUCAGAGUGAAGCCGCGCCGCAGCUUCCGCUGCUCGGCUCCGAGGAGGAGCGGCAGCAGAAGAUAACCGAGACGGCGGAUCGUCUGAAGCAGAAGCUCUCCUCUUUCAGUAGCGACGAGAUGAUAGAUAUUUGGAGCGAGGACCCGCCGUCCAUCGCUGUUGAGAGUAAUACGGAGGAGGAGAGACGUAUCCCUGUGGUCGGAUACAAAUCAUCUGAGCUCAGUCUGACGUACAAUGAUCUUAAGGAUAUUGGAAAAAUAAAUUCCGAUAACACGCAAUACCCUGCAAGUGUAUUUUACGUAUCGAGUAAUGCAAAUAGCGAUGUAGUAUUAGAUGAAAAUGAAGAUGGAGCCCAUCUAGCGAUACCUAGCGAUCAAGUGACAAAUCUAGAGGAUACACCGGAUGGUAAUGAAUGUGUGGCAGUGAACAAUUGGGAGGAGUUUCGCGAGUCAGCGGACGAUCCUCCUGAUCUGGAACAAUCACAUUUACACGGAGAUGAAAAUAUUGAGGAUAAGUUAGACUCGGACGUCCAGUAUCAGUACGAUACACCUUUGGCUAGUAUUUCGGAAGAUCAAAAUGAUCAGCAGCAGGAUGCUUCACGAGGAAUCGAAGUGUACUCCACGGAUGCUGCGAGAGAAGAGAAUGAGUCCGAAACGCUGAAUUUACAAGCUACAUCAUUUCCAAUUAGUUCCGAUUUAGCGGAUCAGGAUGUUUUGCAGAAGAAUAUGUCGCCAGGAAAUGAGGUUUUCACGAAUUUAGACGUUCACGAAAGUGUCUUAGAUUUCAAUGUUCAUGCAGAAAAUUCAAAUAGUAACAAUUGCACGUUAGCGCAACCGGCAGUAAUUGACACAGCAGUAAAUAAUGUUGCGUUAGGUAAUCAGUUGCCAAGAAUGAUGGACAAUUCCUUGCAUAGCGGUCCACCGAGGUUGUCACCGCCCAGCGAGCAGGAGUUGCCCAUUGAUUUUGAUCCCAGUACCCCACCACCGAUACUGCUGAAGCAAGAUCAGCCAUGUAUUCUGCCACCGUAUUCGAUACCUGAUUUGCCGCCGUUAUUCGAUCCUACAGAACCACCGCCAAAUGUCAAGUGUUUACUCGGAUCGAAGAUGCUCCACGAGGACGCAAAUCCUGCAUGGAGUAACGCUCAAAAUCCGAUACCUGCCGCCUAUAAUAAUAUAGAGGUUCAUACGGGCUUGAGUGCGCACGGAGGAUUUAUGCCCCAGCAAUUGCCAUUAGAAAUACCCAGCCAAGGUAAUGUCUUUCUGCCGCCUCAUAUCGAUUCGGUAAGUUUUCCCGCCAUAUUUCCUAUGUUGCCGAGCGGUCACUCUGACAUCAGUACACACGUUCCGUCAACGUUGCCUGCUCAAAUGCAUGCGCCGUCUCGUAACGCUUGCGUGUCUUCGCCCUCUGAUUUGCAUUGCAGCGCGAACAAAGACGACGGUUUGGAUGACAUGCAGGAGGCUAUGAAAUUUGCAAAAGAAAUGACAAAUAUAGCAGGGAAGACGGACAAGAAGUCCCAAUCAAGUUCCAAAACUCUUUCGAAAAGCGGUACCUCAACUAAUCCUGUUAGCGGCGGCGUAGAAUUCAUAGCCCUGCCUCCGGGAAAGCCAAAAGUUAAAACUGGUAAGCUGAAAAGGAUAAAAGGAGAUGACACGUGUAGCAAGAGAAAAAUAGUACCUGAGGAACAAGGUAAAGCGGACCAUCCGUCAUCCGAAGAUACGACACAAGAUGCAAAUGUGAGCUCCAAGGACAUCUUGUUCAGCGAGCAAGAGCGACCUAAAGUAGUAUUUAACUUGAAUAAUAAAACAAAAGUAGUGAGUACGGUAAAAACUAAGACAGCGUGGAAAGAAAAUGACGAGAAAAAAAAUGGCAUGACACAAUUUAUAGAGCCAGAAAAGAAACAAUCUAUGGAAUCGGAACAGUCUCAUGCAGUACCUUCGAUAACUAAGAAGAAGAAUUUUGAAAGUACGUUAAGGUACAGUAAAGAGGAGGAAAAGAAUUUAAGGAGACAUGAAAAUCACCCUGAAAGAACAAUAUUAUUCGAGUCGACUACAAACCAGGCUACUACGUUGCCUCACAAAAAGUCGCAAAAGGAUAUCCAUAUGGAGAAAUCUCAACAUUCUCACGUUUCGCUUUAUUCGAAGGUCAACGUGCAAAAUUCGAGGAAUCGUGGAGUAGAUAAGAGCGAGAAUUGUAACGUGGAGUGGAAGAAUAGAAUCAUCAGCCGAUUCUUGAAGAUGAGUAGAAACGAUAUCUGCAACAUGGUGAACAAUACUAGUCUUCGGAAGUUUGAUAUUAUAAUGAAGCGUCUAGUUAAGGAGAAGAAGCCUGCGCUGUCCUUGGAGAUGAGACACGCGCAGGACGAAAAGAUGAAGCUGUACGAUCAGCAGGAAUUUAUGAAGCAGCUGAAUGCGAUGUUGGACACCGACGCUGUUGUGUCCGUCACCGAUUUGCCUACGGAGUUCAUUCAUCAUUUGAAUGAAGUCUUACAGUUGGACGUGCAGCCGGAUAUUCACGCCGAGUCCGCAGCAGCUUCGAGCAGCCAAUACGGUUACUUGGAAGAUGCCAAUCGUAUGUUCAGUCCCAUAACUACAGAAUGCGCAGAUAAACUGACAAUGUUGAAUGAUAUUAGUCAGGAAUGUGUAAGAAACAAAGGCCGUAUGACAAGAGCGGGAUGUAAUAAGCAUGUACAGGCAUAUAACAUUAAAAGUAAUGAUCUUAAUUCGAAAGAUGAUACCUCUAACACUAUUGUAGCUAAUGUUUCUAAUAUUAACAGCUUGUCGACUCUGCAACAUGAUUUGGAUAAUAUAUUUUCAGAAGUAACGAAGAAAAUUCAAACCCCGGCGGCAGUAAAAGAGCGUAAGCGUAGCAGUAUGGGACAUCAAAAUGCAAAGAAAUUUGACAUCGGCGCGAUUACGAGGAGCAUGGAGCAAGAGGCACUCUUGGAAGAUGACGGAGCACGCGGCCUGGAGACAAGUUCGUACUGGGACGAGAACUAUAUAGAUAGAUGGACGAGGAAGGAACGGGAGGAUCCAUACGCGUACAGAAAUCUUACCAAAGAAGAAUGGGAGGCGAGAUACGGAAUGCAAGCGAAUUCGCAAGUGAACUCGCAAACAAAUUCGGCACCCUCUGUUAUUAGUACAAAAAGGAUUGGCGCUGUUAAUAAUAAAAGAGGACGCGGUAGAAAAAUUUGCCCGCGACGUCGCCAUUCGUCCGAAUCUUCGAGGCAUCCGCCAAAUACGAGGCACAGAUCCUUGGAAAAGGAUAAGCAUAAAAAGUCUAGACGACACAGCGACGAUAGAAGACAUAGUACCAUCUAUCAGACAGAACAUCUAGAAUCCGUUGUCAACAACGAAAGUAAUAGUAGUAGCAGCAGCAGCAGCAGCAGCAGCACUAGCAGCAGCACUAGCAGUAGCAGCAGCAAUAGCAGUGAUGUCAUAAAGUUACUAAGAGUGAUAAAGGAGAAUGAGAAGGUGGCGAAGAAAAUGACGUUGAAUGAAGCGAUAAGAGAUGAGGUGAAUGCCGAGAUCGAGCGAGAGCGUAAAUCGAGAAGAUCGUUGAAAAAUCGUAAAAACUUGAAGAAAAGGCCGAAAAGAGCACACAAGAAAAGGAGGAAGCAAAGUAAGAAAGCGACGAGAUCCUCCGAUUCCUCCUCGGAGAAGGAUAACGAUAACGAAGUGACCGAUAGAUUGCUGACGGAGAAUGAAAUUAAGAAGGAAAUCCUGGAAAAUCAGGUCGCGCAGGAGGUGAUUGUCAAAGAGGAGGUGGACAUCAGCCAGGAGGAGAAUUCCGCAGACGCAGAGUUUGCGAACGCUUCGAGUUUUAUGGAAAAUGAGACGGCGUAUCUGCUCGCCGCAUCGCAGACCAGGCUGGAAUCUCCUUUGGCGCAGGAGAUCCCGAUUGCGGCUGUCAAUGCCGCCGCGCAGCCGCAUGCCGAAGACAGACUGCCGACAGUUUCCCCGACGCAGCUGAAGACAAAGGCGCAGCUGAAGCAGAUGCCGGAAACGUCCGAUAUGAACGACAACAGAGUCCCUCUGAAUGUAUUCACCUACAUACCGGAGAAUUGGAGUUUAACGCUUAAUCCGGCGAGCUUCGCGGAGGAUUUAGAUAAGCCCUGCCAAACGGCCGACGACGUCGGGAGCUGCGGCCAGGACAAGGCUCAUCCGUCUUCGGCGAUCGACAGUUUUACGAAUCAAAACAAUAACACCGUGCACGUGUCGUGCAGCGAAACUGAUAAUAACAAUGCAACAUUGCAACAAUCGGAUGCGACAGCGUGCACUUUUGCCGAAUCGUCUGCCAAAGUGCAAGACGGUAAUAAUGAAAUCUCAGCCACUAGUAAUAAUGAUACGUCAAGAGCGUCAGCGAAGAUGACCGCCACGUCAGCAUCGCCGGCGUCAAAUGUCACGCCUGCGAGUGCCGUGGCGCAGAAGCCGGGAGCCAGCAAAAAGAUUGACAUAAAGACGUACUACGAGCGCACUAUGUCACGACGUCGCAUGAAUGAGAAGUCGGAAUCGAAGCGGAAUCCCGCGGAGAAUCCCGCCAGACAGACGUCGGCGCAAAAUUCACUCGCGCCGAAAAGCACAGAGCCAGAGAUUCCCGUAGCGAGCAAAUCCACUACGUUGAUACCCACUUACACCGGCUCCAUUCAGGAUCCGCGAUUAGCAAAAUUAGCCGCGAAUUCAUGCGUGACGAGUAGUAGGAGCGACAUCGCGCAGGCAACGUCGGAGAGGAAUGCUCGGCAGAAGGAAAAGCGGGAGACGAGGGGAUCCGCGGUCGCGGAAUUGGCGUCGAGGCGUCCCGAGGAAAAUUCAAAUCGCAUCGGCAGCGAUAGCGCCGUUAAAAAUAUUAAUCAAGAUAAAUCGAGAGAUAAAGUAUCGCUCGCCGCUAACAGCAUCAGUGUAUUGUCCAACGUUGUUGUAGCAGCGUCUAAAAAAAUUGCGGCGCCAAAAUCCAAGAAACGCGCGGAAGUCAAUAAUCAGGGUGCGGCGAGUAAGAAAUUACAAAGCGACGCUCCGUCUGACGCUAAGCGAUUUAAGAACAUUCGAUCGGAAGGCGGUAAAGAGUUGAAGCUGAAAAAGGAAAUGACGAAGGUGCAAAAGGCGAAGAAGAAAUCCACGGCGACGUCCAAGUCGUCCGUUAAUCUAGUCUCGACAAAGGUAUACUUCCCCACGGAAGAGACGCCGGUUCAAGGAAAGAAGGCGAACAACGUCAACGACGCGGAGAAAACGAAAAUAGAACGAGUACAAUUGAUAAGCUCUCGCGAAAGUAAGGCGAAUGGCAAAGCGGAACCGACAAUUCCCGCCGGAAACGCUGAUAAUGAUGAGUUACCGCAUGAUACUGUUAAGGCGAAGGAACGUUCCGCAAACUUGGAAAUUUGCGGCCGGGGAAACGCUGAAAAGGCUGCGGGUAAUAUCGAUGCGCCCGAACGUUCUUCCAAGACGCGAAAUGAAGGGACUCGUGGCGCAAAAUGCGCAAAGGGCACAGCGAGAAGAGUCGAGGUUGCAGAUAAGAAAGGUCAGAGCGCUUCUUCUGAACUCGCCGUACAGGCAGCUUCCGUAGCUGCUUCGAAAGAUUCUGAAAAUGAAAAUGUCGAAAGGAUAAACAAGGAUUUCCCCGCGUCGAAGACCGAGACGCAACCGUCCGCCGCGGCGAGAGGGACGGAGCCCUCGUUGAAUUACGCGGAUCAGGGUCAAAUUAGAAAAUCAAACGGUCGAGAUUUAUCGGUGAGCGCAAUUAAUCGUGACGUAAGCAGUAUUCCCGAAUUGGACGCAACGUCCUCUCGCGCGGACAGCGUCGACGGGCGAAGUAAGGAAAAUCAGGUGUUAUUGAGUAGCAAUAUCGAAAUUAAUAAUCCUAACGAGAGCAAUGUGAGAUUAGAUGCCGCGGACGAUGCGAGCGAGGGAUCUCCGGCUAGGAAAACCGCUGGGCUGCAGUCGUCGGUUUCGUGCGAGGACCCGCGGGGGGAGCAGCGAGGUACCGAGAACAGCGAUAUCUCGCCCAGCGACAGCGUCGGCAGUCCGUUCAAGGGCUUCCUUCAGGAGACCAUGGUGGACUUUGAGCAGCCGAAAUUGUCACUCGACGUGAAUUACGUAACGCGCGCCACCGACCGCCGCGAGGGCGUGAAGUCGACGAUCGUCGAGGGGCGAUUACGGGAGGAUUACGAGACGCUGCAGGAACCCGGUACCGAUUACGCCAACGACGACGCGGCCGUCGUCAAUGAGAAUUUUAAUAUCGCUUUUGACACUUUGCUUGCUUCAGAUAAGGAAUGCGCGGCGAGCGAGAGGAGCGAUAAAUCCCGCGAUUUGACGGCGGCAGACGAAAGUGGAGAAGGGCACGUAAGAAAAUCCUCGGGCGUAGAGAUAGCCACGACCAUGUUACACGACGAGGCGAACGAUAUAAACAUCGCGGACGGUAGCGAGACGGAGAGGCAGACGUUGCGGAUAAACAAGGAGGGAUACGCGUCGUCGUGCGCCGGAUUAGCGAUGAAGGAGGCCAUGUUCAUUGGCGAGGAGGAGAUUAUCCCGGGCGAGGCGCGCUCGAGGGAUCUGACGAGCAAGCUCAAGACCGCGACCGAUCCGAGCCUGUCGGACGCGCUGGAGGCGACGAUCUCGGACGACGCGUUGAGGCUGGCGCCGGACGGCAGCCAGGGAAUCGCGGAGCAUCUCGACGGCCACAUGUAUCUGGAGAUGUCGGCCACGUCGGGCACGGGGGAGGAGAAGGCGCCGUGCGACAAGCUGCCGGGCUUCGAUUCCGACGAGCAUCAUCUGGACGACAUAUUUUACUUGGACGAUCGCCUGCGGGGCACCUCCGCGUUCGACAACAAAGAGGAGGAGGAGGAGGACGACGAGUGCGGGGGGCAUCAUUUCUCCGUCGACCGGCAAAGCCCGCGGUACGACAUCACGCCCGCGGUCACGCCGCCGGAGACGACGGCGACGAUGAUGGUCGUGCCCUGCGCGGAUUUGCUGAGCGACGAGAUGCCGGCGGCGAGGCCGGUGGAGGAGUGCAAGUUCGACCUGAACGUCUCGUCGGCGGACAACGAUCUGCUGCUCGCGGGAACGUCGCUGGACGGACGGACUCCGUCGGCCGCCGCCGACACGCCGAGGACGCUGAACGUCCCGACGAAGGCCGCCCUGAAGGAGGCCGCGACGACGAGUCUCUUUCUGAAGUCCCCGAGUGACGUGCCGACGGCAACCAAGGAAGUGGCGCUUGCUGGAACAUCGGACAAAGCGCUGCGGCAGAACGAGGCGGCGGACCCGAAUUACCAAGCAUCGGCGGCCUGGCGCGUGAACGCGCAGCAGCAAAACAAUAACAAAAAAACGCGCCCGCUCGAGGCUCACGACAACACGGCCGCCGCGCGGGAUUUCGAAAAAAAUGUAAACAGAGUGUCGACGACGCGGAACGGCACGUGUUCCGAGGCGGCUCGCAAAGCCAUUGGUGCUGCUGCUGACCGCGCGGAGGGAUCGCCCACGGCGCCUGCGCAAAACUUCGAGAAACUUCUACGUACCGGCGUGCAACGCACGCCGGUCGUGGAGUUGCGAAAAAUGAAGGAAUUGGACAGGCUGUUGGAAAAACGGGGUCGGGGAAAUUCCCCGGAGCGAAUGAGGGAGAGAGUUCACGACGGACAGAGGAAGUACAACGGCACGAUUUUGCACAAGUUGAAAGCUGACAAACGGCGGCUGAAACGUCAGCCCAAGGACUCGCCGAGGGAGGGCAGCCUGGUGAAGAGGCUGAAGAGGCUGAGGCGAUCCGGGAAGGUCGCCGAAAUGGCCACGAGAGAGGCCAUCCUGGCUAGAAUGCUGGAAAUUGAUCUCGAGAUGCACAAGCUCGCGACGGAGAAGCUGAAGCUGCACGAAUUAUUACGUGGCAAUGUCCCGUCGAUUGAAAAUUACACGACGAUUUCCAGCGACGUGCCAAUGACGAGAGAAGACGAUCGUGAUCUCAAUCAGUUCGAAACACAGCCGUCAACGUUGACGUUGCAGAACAUCAGUGAAGUGAACCGUGUCAAACGUGCGCCCUCGUCGAAGCCGUCGCCGAUUAAGGAGAGAAAGAGAACGUCCCCGGAGGAUAACGAGGGUUACACGCAGAGGACAAAAAUGCCGGUGAUCAAGUGGAAGAAGAAGCCGCGACUGGAACAGACGUUCAGACGGGAGGAAGCCGAGAAAGAGGAGGAGGAGGAGGAGGACCCUGAUGAGACGACGGAACAGCAGACCUCGACUUCCGUAAGUAAAAGAGUAGAGAAUGAUUUGUCUGCCGUGAUCGCGUCUGAAGAGAUCGUUCAGAAACCCGAAUCGAACGCCGUGACGACGGACGAAGCGCGAGAGGAGGAAGCUACGGGGAGGUCAGCUUGUUGUGACAUCGAUUCGAGACCCGCGACGGUCUGUCCGGAUAAAAGCGCCGCGGAUAAAAGUGCGGACGAGGGAGGAGAGCGGCAGGACAUUGCAGCCGAGGGCGAGACCGAGCGUGUCGAACAUUUUGAUGCUGUUAAGGAAAAUGACAUUCUACCGCCGAGCGAAGUGACGAGGCCGAAUUAUCAUCGGCCGUCGAGCAGGCCAGUGCGCGACACGCCGAAUCCUUCGUCUAUAUAUUCCGACGACAGCACGUGGCAGUCCGACGUGGUGCAAAACACCGUCGCUGCGGAGAUGCACGCGGAGGGCAGGAGAGCGACGGGUCUCGUGUUGCUGGACGAGACGCUCAAGAAGGAGCUGGCCAAGUCGCGAAAGAAAGCGAUCGUGCGCAAGAAGAAGCAGCAGCAGCUGGACAACUUCCUGAAGACGGUUAACAAUCUGACGAUAGAGGAGGAGGAGCUGCCCCUGUCGAAGCUGUACAUCAAGAAGCUGCGGCAAAAGCGAGAUCUGCUUGACACGCUCAGCAGCCAGAGGAAGGAAGACACGGAUCUCGUCGUUGAUCCGAACGUCCUGAAGAACAUCGACGACGUGAUAAACGCCGUGGUGGAGAACAGAGUGGACGACAAUCCUUACGAAUCAGAGGUACGAGCUACCGACGAUGUCCCGGCGACGUCGUCCAACGCCUCGCCUGUGCCGCAGCCCGAGAAGCAUCAAUUUUACGUUGACGCUGAAGCGAACGCCAACUCGGACUGGCCUUGUCGACCGGAAGAGACCGUGGAAGAGGAGGUCGCGCCGGUUGAGCAGGACAGCAACGACGUGCCAGGCACCGAUGGAUCGAAUCACGUUUUUAAGGCCGUCAGCCAGGACAAGGUUCCUUUCUACGAGGAACGUAACGUAGAGCCUGACAGCAGCAUCACCCCCGAGGAGACCCUAAUGGAAACGGACUUCUGCGAGCGCGAUCGUUCGAAGGAUUGCAGUAGUGUUACGUCGCGCAAUUUCGACAUUAAAGUAUCCGUGCCCAAGACUUUGAUAAAAGAUGAUUUCAGCCUGGGACUGUUGCAGAAAUUGAAAGAGCCGGAGGAGGACGGUGCUGUCGCGGUAGGUACCGGCCUGGUCGAUUCCACAACAAAUGUAUUCUCGGCCGACUCUGAGAAAGUGGAGGAGAAGGACAAGAGUUCGUCGCAGAGUACCUCGCAAGUCAAGGACGAGAACGUCGUGGUGGAGGACAAGAAGGACGAGGAGGGGAAAGACGAAACGAAGGACAAACCCACGGUGGACGCGAACGAGAGAGAGGAGACGGUCGACAGCGCGAGCACCAAUGCACCAUCCGCGCCGCAAUCGGUCCGCACCGCCAAGUCCGGAUACUCCACGGAGAACGAGGAGUCGGGUGAUAGCGUUUCUUCCAACGGUAAAGCAGUAAUAAUACAUACGGAGCGUGAAUCAAGUGUCUCGAAUUCCACGGUAGAGAAGACCGAUACGAAGCAGAGUAAAAAGUCGGAUGUCGAAUCCGAGCAGCUCUCGAAUGACGUGAUUAUUGCUUCGAAACAAGAUUGCCAAAGCGCGGAGAAUGCGGCAGCCGCCAGAGAGGAAGAGAAAAAUAAUCCCGACAACAAGUCGCACGAAUUUGAGAGAAUUCUGGAUCAUAAUGAACAGAGCAACAGCAAUUCCAGCGUGCCAGCUGAUCUAAUGAGCGAAAGAUCAGAGGAAUCCAACGUGUCCGUUGAGCAAAAGUUCAGUCUGGAACGCACGUCGACGUCCGCCUUCUCGGCUUUCAACAAAGCAAAGGGAAGCGGUGAACCGAGCAGGAAGCUUCGUCGCAAGCACGCAAACAGCUUGGCGCCGGUUCGGAGAAGCACGAGAAACUCCAAUGAGAAUAUCAAGCCCGGCAGGACAAAUGAAGUCGAUGGUAAUUCGAGCAACAGCGAACAACGAGAACCGUGUACUCCUCUCGAGAAAGAUUUAACAACGCGGAGCAGAAGCAAAUCCCCCUCGACAAAGAGUCGCGACGAGAGACCUGUCGCAAACAACGUCCCGAGGAGAAAUCGCGUCUCGCAGAAAGUGCCAAAUCCGGCGAGCAGCCGGAAAGCUGGUGCUGAAUCCGAAACGAGGAGCGAAGAUUCGGCCAAGCAUCUCGAAACGAUCACGGAAUCCGCAGUCGUGCCGAGGAACAGGGCCACGAGAAAGAGGAAGCAAGAGCGCACGGAAUGGCAAAUAAAAAACUGCAAAGUGAGAUUGACCGACUGUAAACCCGCUCUACUCAAGUACAUCGAUCCCAAAACUCUGGACAGAUUUGGAAUAAUCGCCGCCGAUAAUCCCCACCCGUCGAGCGACUCGUCGUGUGUGCAGCGUACAUGCGAUCAAGAUGCGGCAAUGAUUCCCACCGCAGCUACGGAUAAAGAUUUCUGUGCCUCGGACCAGUCCUGCGACAAGGAAAGAUUUCGACUCGAGAUCGAAAUCUUGCAGGAGAAGCUAAUUAAGGAAAGCAAUGACAAGGAUCUCGUUCAGGAAUCUGUUUCGCAUGCAGUGGAAAUCGACCAGGAUGAAUCGAGAAUGCAGUACACAGUCCAUAAAGGCCCUAUUUUAGACAUCAAGAUUUUUGAGAAUUCUUUCCUGGCAGCAAGCGAAGACAGCAAAAUAUACAGAUAUAGUCAGAAGUCCAAUGGGAUAUUGAAUAUUUAUAAAGGUCAUAAAUCCGCGGUUACGUGUUUGUAUAUCUGUAAGCCGGCUGUUGUCGCAGGAGUUGACAAAAAUCUUGUGUAUUCUGGUUCCUUAGAUGGCACUUUGCGUUGUUAUGAUAUAAUGACUGGUGCGUUGAUAGGAAACCCGGCGCAAAUAAAAAGUCCGAUACAGUGUAUGGAUCAAGCAUGGGGAAUGAUUUUUAUUGGAACUAAAUCUGGACAUGUUUCGCGUUUUCAUAUCGAGGCUGGUGCUAUUAAAGAAGAAAGUAUUCCAUUCUCGGAGAAGUCUGUACUUGCGCUUAAAGCGACGAACGAAGGCCCACGAAGAAUUCUCAUUAUAGCAUCUCGAAACCAACCGAUAAGUAUACGGGACGCUCUGACUGGUUUGUUCCUCCGUACGAUCAGCGGCCAGAAGAGUCAUACCGUCUACAGUUUACUGCGCCAUGAUAAUUUGAUCUAUUGUGGUACAAGCAGCACGUCCAUAAACGUUUUCGAUUUCACGACGGGUGAACAAGCGAUUCAAUAUGAUGCUGGUGUCGGUAUUGUGUGUAUGCGGCUUCAUAAGCAACUGCUCUUCGCAGGCUGUUACGACGGCAAUAUUUACGUUUUUGAUAUAAACACUCACAAAUUAGUAUGUAACAUACGUGGGCCAGGGAAUAUGCUAUUAAGUGUAGAGGUUGUAAAUAACAAGAUUAUAGCGGGAAGUAAAGACAAACGUUUGCAUUUGUGGCAAAUGCCCACUCAAGUGCGUGCCUUACUUUAAACAACAAUGUAUAGCAUGUGCUCAGGAAUUCUCUAUUUUAAAAAUAAUUAAUUGGGAAAACGAUCGGAUAACAACUUAGCGAUCGAGUAAUACUACAUAAAUGUGUAAUGCAAAAAAACUUAUGAAACACCGAAAUUAUGACUUUAUAGUAUAGAACUAUAUUUUUUAACUUUUUCACUAUAAAUAGCAUUGUCAUUACAUUUCUGAUUAAAAAAAUGCUUUAUUUAUAUUAUAUAUUUGAUAAAUAUAUGAUAAAGCGCAAAAAUGAUAAAUAAAAUGUUUAUAAUUGCAGUGCUGUGUAUGACAGUAUGUGAAACUAUUUAUAGUGAGAAAGUACUGGCGCCAAAAUUAUUAUAUAAAAGAUGAUGCGAUACAUAUCUAUAAUAUGUAAAGUGUACAUUUGUAAAGAUUUUAGACUGAACUAAUGCAAUAAUGUGAAAUUAUUGUAUGUAUGUGUAUGUAUGUGUGUGGGUGUGCCCGCGCGUCUGCUUUGUACACACGAAAAGAUUCAUACUUGCAAUAUCAUCCGAAAGUGUGUGACAUUUAAUAUACAUAUUAAAAAACAAAUUUUAUGUCGGCACAUGUCAACGUUUUAAUGGGCUGUUUAAAAGUUGAAACUAGGUAUACACGUAGGUGAGAAUACAUGGGCAUUCAACGGCUUUUAUAAACUCUUUAUUAAGCAACACUUUUGUUCCUUGUUGGUAUUUCACAAAGGUUUGUUAUUUUGUUGCUUGUUCCUUAAGAAAUAUCCUUUAAAAAGAUCUUGUUUAUAUUCACAACAUGCUACGUUUGAUGUUUGUGUGUCAUGUAUUUUACAAAUGAAAACAAAUACACUUUACUAUCCUUUAACUUCUAUUCUAUUGCAAUAGACAUUAGCGAAUGUAAAUAAGGAAUUGUACCAAAAUAUAACAAGCCAUUUAUAAUUUAAUUUAGAACAUGUGGAAUUAAUCAAAGUACGAAUAAUGUGUUUGUGUAAAAAAAAGUGGCAAAUAAGAGGAAAUGUUACAUUUAAUAAAAUUCUAAACUUAUGAUAGGCUGAUACGUUUACAUUUCACUUAUAAACACACAAUUACUAUAUUUAUUAUUAUAUGUGUAAUUCUUAACGUAUGUAUAUUUAUGUAUGCAAUAUUUACUAUAUGUAGUUAUAAAAAUCGUACGUGUCAUUUGUUCACAAAAGCUGAUGAAUUGUACUUGUAUUAGGGAGUUACUGCCAAUACUUAAAAUAAUUUGACAUCAUUAAUUCUCUAUUGUGCAAAGUUCUCGAAUAGGAUCAAU